AUGAGGCAAGCCAAGUGUGAUCCGGCGAUCGCCGCUGCCAUCGUCGUCCUCCUCCUCCUCUGCGUGGGAUCACCAGCGGUGCUCCCGGUCGAUGGCGCCAAGGGAGAAGAAGAGCUCACGACGCAGCUCAUUAACGGCUUCACCGCGACGCACGUGGCCGGGUCCGCGGCGUCGUUCGAGCCGUUGCUGUACGCGACCAGCGCCGUCUUCGCCCUGGGAUUCCUCCGCGUGGGCCCGGCGUCGCUGGACCUCGCCGUGGUGCACCUCCCGUCCUCCUUCCCCGUCUGGCGCGCCACGCCGGCCAACCUCGGGGACUGGUCGCGCCCGGCCACGCUCGCCUUCGACACUAGCCUCGUCCUCACGGCCCACGACGGCGCCGUGCUGUGGCGGACGCUCAACACCGCGGGCGACGUCGUGGCGCUGCUCAACUCCUCCAACCUCGUCGUGCAGCGGUACGCGAGGCCGCUGCCGGCGUGGCAGAGCUUCGACCACCCCUCCGACACGCUCGUCGUGGACCAGAACUUCACCGCCUCGUCGUCGCCGCUCAUCUCCGCGAACCGCCGGUUCGCGCUGCGGCUCGGGAAGACGUACAUGGCGCUGCACAUGGAGUUCGACGGCGGCCGGGCGACGGCGCCCAUGUACUGGAAGCACACGGCGCGGGAGGCGCAGCCGGAGAACGCCACGGCGCCACCGAUCUACGGCCGCCUCGAUGGCCUCGGGUUCUUCGGCCUCUACCUCGAGAGCGGCGGCGGCAGCCAGAGGGUGGACGUGCUGUCGUUCGACACGUUCGCCCUGAACCUCGCCGGCGUCUUCCGGCGGAUGACGCUGGACGACGACGGCAACCUCCGCGCGUACUACUGGACCAGCGACGCCAAGGCGUGGACGUCGGACUACAAGGCCAUCGCGGAGCGGUGCGAGCUGCCGACGUCGUGCGGCGCGUACGGCCUGUGCGUCCCCGGGAACGCGCAGUGCCAAUGCCUCGACAGUAACGGCACGAGUACCAGCUCCCCGCCGUGCCACGCCGAGGAGACCGGCGACCUCUGCAGCAACGGGUCGCGGCAGCUGGAGUUCGACGUGGUGCGGCGGACGCGGGUGUCCGUGGCGUACAAGGAGGAGCUGCCGUUGCAGCCGUUGCAGACGAACACGACGGCGGACGGGUGCGAGCUGGCGUGCGCGGGCAACUGCACCUGCUGGAGCGCGGUGUACAACGGCGCGAGCGGGUACUGCUACCUCAUCGACUUCCCCGUGGAGACGCUGGUGUACCAGGCCGACGACCGGAUGGUGGGCUACUUCAAGGUCAGGAAGUCGGCGGCGACGGCGAGCUCGGCCUCGGCGCGGCGAGGCAUGUCGCCGGGCGUUACCGCCGCGAUCGUUGUGCUGUCGCUGGUCCUCGUGGCGCUGGCUGCGGCCGGAGCGUAUUGGGGCUACAGGAUGUGGGAGAAGAGGAAGAGGAAACGGGCCGGGAUGGAGCAGGAGCUUGUGCCGGGGCCGUACAAGGACCUCAAGUCCAUGGCCAGCUCUAACAGUUCCUUCAAGACAUGA